UGGCGAUGCUGUUUGUUAUAAAAACCAGGAGUGCAGAUGAAUCUUAUUAACAUUUGAACAUUAAAAUGCUGAAACAAAAGCAAAUCUGGAUUAUUGUACUGCUGUUUUUCUGCCAGCAUGAUAAGAGUCUGGCCACUUCACUAUCUUGUGGUCCAGAUCACAGUCCCAGAUCCCUUUAUCCAGAAACACAUUCUGUAGUUGCCUGUGACUCAGAGACCGCCAAUCUCAACUGUGUGAAUGGGCACAUUCAAGUGCUUUCAGCCAAUUAUGGACGUACGGACAGCAAAACCUGCGCUAGCGGACGACCGGCAAGCCAGAUCUCAAAUGUUCAGUGCACUCAGAGUUCAUCCCGAUGUGUUGUGGCCACUCAAUGUGAUGGAAAAAAGACUUGUUCUGUGCCUGCGGUUUACACAAUCUUUGGUGAUCCAUGUUAUGGGACCUUCAAAUACCUACAUGUGUCCUACACCUGUAUAGAAACAACAUCUGUAGUUGCCUGUGACUCAGGGACUGCCAAUCUCAGCUGUAAGAAUGGGCACAUUAAAGUGCUUUCAGCCAACUACGGACGUACAGACAGUCACACCUGCUCUAGUGGAAGACCAGCAAACCAGCUCUCAAAUGUUCAGUGCAGAUCUGAGGUUUCAUCCAAAUGUGUGCUUACCACUCGAUGUAAUGGAAAACAGACUUGUUCUGUUCCUGCGGUUUACACAAUUUUUGGUGAUCCAUGUAUUGGAACCUACAAAUACCUGACUGUGUCCUACACCUGUGGCCCAGUUUAUUUCUUGAGUGUGGAAGGCAUCUUUACGCUCUUAGAUGUGACCGUCAGUCUGUCCUACAGAUACCCCCCUAAACCAAUGGCCAAACUGAGAGAAAGAUCCAAGAGGUUGGUCGUUUCCUCUGAACCUUUUGCCGAGGCCACCAGAACUACUAGAGCCAGUUUCUUCCUUGCGUUCAGGGCGGGAUAUAAGGUUUGGCUCUUAACCCAAAACAUCUGUCAGCACCUCUCAUGCAAAAAGUUAAAGACUUUACAUCCAUCUGCUUCUCCUUCUUCCUCCACAGAACCUGGUGAAGAAGCGACCCCUCUCGAAGAGGAUGUCAGUGUUUACACCGUGCGGAACAUCCUGGACUCCGGGUGCCUUGUUUCUCACAUCAACAUGCUGGAACAAAAGCAAAUCUGGAUUAUUGUGCUGCUGUUUUUCUGCCAGCAUGCAGGUUUAGGUGAAGGAACUUCACCUAAAAAACAUUCCCAUGCCUGUGAGGGUGGCUCUGUGACCCUCAAAUGCGACCAUGGUUUCAUACAUGUCGAUAAAGCCAACUAUGGACGGACUAGCAGUACUGUGUGCUCUGCUGGGAAACCAGCGAAUCAGAUCUCAAAUGUGCAUUGCUCCCAAAAAACUUCCCUCCAAAAACUUUCCACUUGGUGUAACGGAAAAGCAAGCUGUUCUGUUUCUGCACUGAACUCAGUUUUCUCUGACCCAUGUGUUGGAACUUAUAAAUACCUUGAUGUGUCUUACAGUUGUGUCCAAAGUAAAAAAAGUGUUACCUGUGAGGGUAAACAGAGUCACAUUCAUUGUGAUACUGGUGUCAUUCAGAUUCAACAUGCCCAUUAUGGACGGAGAGACCUAACAAUCUGCAAACACACGAAAGCAACUAAAGCCAACUGUUAUUCUAAUAAUACUGGACACCAUCUGUCUAGAUGCAAUGGAAAGAAGAAAUGUUCUCUGAAUGCUUCAAAUUCUGUCUUUGGUGAUUCAUGUCAUGGCGUUCAUAAGUACUUGGAGGUGACUUACAGCUGUGUUGCUGAAAAACACCACCACCACCACGCUGCUAAACAUCAUUAGUGGAGGAAUAGGCCUACUGCUGUUGAUGAAACAAAAUUUUUUUUAAAGCUUUUUUAUUUCAAUUCAGUUAAAUUGUAAUUUGGUGAUUUUAUUAAUGCAUUAUUAAAAACAUUUAAUAAUGAAUAAUAAUUUUAAACAAAGCAUAAUAAUAAUAAAGAGUGA